AUGGCAUCCAUCAGAUCAUUGCUCAAUCCCCUGCCGGAAUCCUCUCACAGUCGCGGUGGUGGUCCACUGCCGAUUUCGUCUUCUUCUUCUUCCCAGACAAACCGCGCCAGGGACAGGGACGACAGGCCGGCCUACCAUCAUCCUCGCGCCAAGAGACAGAAAAUGCCCAAGGACGUCCCCAUCUUCAUCAGAGGCAAAGUCCGCGGGGAGCUGCGAUACCCUCCCUGCGAGUAUCAGGACGCCAAGUUGGCGGAGGAGCACCGCCGAUUCCAGAUUCAUCCCAUGGGCCAGAUCGCGGAAUUUCCGAGGCAUAUUCCUUACAAUAGCGAGAAGAAGUCGUUUCUUGAAAAGACUGGGAGAGAGAGUUUCGAAGUCUUCCAAUACACCUUCAGGAUUCCCGGAGAAGAGAAGACAUGGACCGUCAUGUGGGACUACAACAUUGGUCUUGUUCGGACGACUCAUCUCUUCAAAUGCAAUGACUAUUCCAAGACGACACCGGCGAAGAUGCUCAAUGCGAACCCUGGUCUUCGCGAUAUCUGUCACAGCAUUACUGGGGGAGCUCUAGCUGCGCAGGGCUACUGGAUGCCAUUCGAGGCCGCCAAAGCCGUCGCCGCGACAUUCUGCUGGAGAAUACGGUACGCCCUCACGCCUCUCUUUGGACGCGACUUUCCUGCGAUGUGCAUCCCUCCGAAUGGAGCGCAUUUCGGGAAGAUGAUCAUCGAUCCUGCCAUCGUGCGAAGGGCGACCGAAUCGGCGAAUUAUUACCGAGAGCUCGAGCUGCAAGCGAAGUCGGUCUCCUCUUCUUCCGCCUCGCAUGCUGCAAGACCAGCUGCGCAGAGCGCGACGGCAGGUACUACUACUACUUAUGACUCUCCGAGGAAGAGGAUCCUGUCAAGGAGCCAGAAUAACCGCUCGGAAGUAGCAGACAAGAGAGUUGAUGAGGACGCAGACAGCGAGGGCAAUAAUAAUGAUUCGUAUUGCAUCUCUUCACCGACACCUCGCAAUUCCUUCACGCCGAUCAAUGCCACGCGCAGUUCCCAAGCCCAAGGACAGACGACAGGCGGCCGGGCCGCAAGUCGACAGAGUAACCUUCCCUCGCCGCGGGAGAUUCUGGAAUCCAUCUCUAGCGUUAGCGGACAUUCAGGGGCGAAAAGAACGGCUGCAGCAGAGUCCGAGAAAGAUGAUGGAGCGGAUUCUUCUUCUGAUGAUGAUGAUGACUCCGAAUUGCUGUCCACCCUGUCUUCUUCUGAGAGCAGCAGCAAUCGAAUUCGAUCACCCAGCGGCUUCGAAAGCGAUCUCAACGAUGAGAAUGAUGACAGCGAGGGAGAAGUUGAUGAGGAUGAGGACGAUGAGAAUGACAAUGACAAUGAUGACGACGAUGAGGAGUACAUGGACGAAGAUGCAUCGUCUAUCUCAUCCUCUUUUUCCACCUCCUCGGCCAGCCACCGCUCCAUCAGUCCGCCUUCUUCUUCAUCUUGUUCCGAGAGCGAGAGCGAGAGUGAGCGGACGCGAAGAAUACGGACACGAACACAGACACAAACAACAAGAAAAACAGCACGAAAGAAAAUGCGAGCAGCAGCUCCAUCCACGACGAUAAGGAGCCUGCUCAGCCGAGAAGUCAAGGCCGCUCAUGCCCUGUUGAGUCUGCACACGCAGCAGCAGCAGCAGGAGGAAAAUACUAGUAACAGCGGAUCCUCAGUUCUCCAAGCAGCAAGGACUAGAGAUGGCGAUGGACAUGGACAUGGAGACGAAGAAGGAAGGAAGAAAAACGACGAACACGAACACGGACACGGACGCAAGCGUCGUCGGCGUGCUUCUGCUUGA